AUGGUCACGUACACCAACACCCCUGCAGAUGAGGGUGGUGAGGAUGACAUCGCCGAUGCGUUCGACGAGGCGCAAAGGGUUGACAAACAGGUUCUUAGGGCCCCCUUAAAUAGAUAUGUGUCACAACAGUUGUCUAACUACUCCGAGGAAGCUAGUAGGCAACUGUUCCGGAGUAGAGACGACAAGAGCAACCCUCUUCGCAGCUUUGUGAAGAAAAUCAAAAAGGGCUGCAAGAAGUUAGCGGCUAAGCUGAGCUGUGCAGACACGACAUAUGCGCCUCCGUUGCACCCCAUGUUGUCUAGGAGCCAGACGGCCUCGAUGUCCACCAGAGCUACUUCGGCUAGGGCCGCUUCCUCCUCUGUACGUACUCCGCAGUACACAGGGAAGGGUCCAGCGGACGUGGACGAUGACGACGAGGCCCUUCAGUACUCCACGACUAGUGGCGACGACGACGACGACGAGUUACAGUGGGAGUUCACCGGUCACCAGGAGAUGGGUACCUCACAGCUAGGCGGUGCUCCUAUUGGUACACAGGGGGUGGAGUACACACAGGAGGAGUACACACAGGGGGUGGAGUACACAUAG